UCGGAUUCGGCGCACACAGGAAUAAAACAAUCGAAAGUGGUGUUAACGACAAAGUUUCUUUCUCGACGACGUUGUGCCAAAUCCAUCGAACGCGCCCGGGAAUUCUCUGACGGAAGGAUGUUGAAGACUUUGGUAAUCGCCGGGCUGUUCGGAUCCAUUUGUUGCGGCGCGUUGACGAACGCUGCUCGCACGGCGAAUAGUUUCGACACGCAGAAGCUUUAUCCAGUUGCUUCCAGAACUUUCCCAGGAUUCAACGACAUAUUCGCCGAUUUCCAAAGAAAAAGUUAUUACACCGGUCAGGCGACUCAGACGUCUAUGGCUCCUGCCUACUAUCCAAUUUUUGAUCCUUUGAGCGUGCUGGCGUCGUUGGCGUUUCUGGCGUUCUUGCUCCAGUCGAUCGCAUCGUUGUACGAUCAUUCGAGAUCAUUGUCGUCGACGACAGUUACAGCUCGUCAGUUUAUGGAAGUCGAGAUGUUGACGUUGGUUACGCAAGCGCUCCAUGCUUUAGCGAAAUACGAUAAAAGUCACAAAGGGAAGUUGUCUGCGAAUGCAAAACGCGGCGCGAACAAGACGGUGUAAUUGACGGAAAAUUUCCGAAUAAAAUGGUAUCUGUUACAAGCGUAA